AUGGUUUUGAAGAUAAAUAAAGCAGUUAACACCCGUGUGCCCUCAGAGGACGAGGACCAGAUCCAAGAAAAUGUAGAAGGGUCACAGGAGGGCACCCAAGGGCAACGCCAAGACCUCAAGGCCAGGUGCUCCUUCUUCCUCUUCCUGCAGACCCCCCUUCUUCUUGGGGGCAGCGUCUCAAGGACAAGCCCCAAGGGACAAGGUGGUUGGGACAGCUGUGCUAUGCAUCCCCACCUCAGGUCCCCUAGACCAACCAGCCCUGUCCCCUCUGCUUUCGCUCCCCCAGUUCCCAGAUCUGAGGCUGUUCUUUGGCGGCCGCUGAGGUUGCUGCCUGCUUUCCUGAGGCACGGGCCACACGUGGCACGAGCAGGGGUCAGCGCCGGGAGCUGGUGGCUGGUCCUGUGGGCUUCUCACUUCCCUUCCCCAACCGCCGCGCGUGCAGGUGCCCAGCUGAGCCCAGCGGGCGGGGCGGACCCUAUGGACACGCCCCCGCGUGAGUCCCUGAUGCCCCGCCGGAGGAAGCGGCAGAGUCGCCACUGUCCUGAGCGCAGCCGAGCUCCACUCCCUCCCAGUGCCAGCGACAUCGCCCACUGCGGCUGCGGGCACCGGAUACCGUGCUCCAGGCUGGCCGGGGAUGCGAGCUGCUCCCGCGACGGCAUGGCAGCCUCAGGGUGGGGCCGAGGAUGCGACAUUCUCAUCUUCUACAGCCAAGAUGCGGAGGAAUGGUGCCAGUACUUACAGGACCUUUUCAUAUCCUGCCAUCAGGUCCGCAGCCAGAAGAUGCGGACAUACCGGCUGGGCCCGGAUACCUCCUUUUCUGCCCAGGACCUGUGGGUGUUCCGGGAUGCACGGUGCAUGCUGGUGCUACUGUCUGCGGGGCUGGUGGAAUGUUUCUGCCAGCCAGGACUGCUGCCGGUGCUGCAGCGCGCCUUCCACCCUCCGCAGCGCGUGGUGCGGUUUCUGUGCGGAGUGCAGUCGGAGGAUGAGGACUUUGAGACCUUCUUUCCGGAGUGGGAGCACUGGCAGGAGCUCACCUGUGAUGAUGAGCCGGAGACCUACCUGGCGGCUGUGAGAAAAGUCAUUUCUGAAGAUUCUGGCUGUGACUCAGUAACUGACACGGAGCCCGAGGACGAGAGAGCUCUUCCUCUCUCAAAGCAGACAAACCUGCCUCUGGAGACGUCGCCUGGGAACCUGAUGGUGGUGCAGCCGGACCGCAUUCGCUGUGGGGCAGAAACCACCGUGUACGUCAUCGUGAGAUGCAAGCUGGAUGAGAAGGUGUCGACAGAGGCAGAGUUUUCCCCUGAGGACUCGCCCUCCGUCCGGGUGGAGGGCACUUUGGAGAAUGAGUACACGGUUUCGGUGAAGGCUCCAGACCUCUCCUCUGGCAAUGUUUGUCUGAAGGUCUAUUCUGGGGACUUGGUGGUAUGUGAAACCACCAUCAGCUAUUAUACUGACAUGGAGGAAAUUGGGAACUUACUGUCCAGUGCUGCAAACCCUGUGGAGUUCAUGUGUCAGGCCUUUAAAAUUGUACCCUACAACACAGAGACUCUUGAUAAACUGCUCACAGAGUCCCUGAAGAACAACAUCCCUGCAAGUGGACUGCAUCUCUUCGGAAUCAACCAACUGGAAGAAGAAGAUAUGAUGACAAAUCAGAGGGAUGAGGAGCUGCCCACCCUGUUGCAUUUUGCUGCAAAGUAUGGAUUGAAGAACCUCACCGCCCUGUUGCUCACCUGUCCAGGGGCUCUCCAGGCAUAUAGUGUGGCCAACAGGCAUGGCCACUAUCCCAACACCAUUGCCGAGAAACAUGGCUUCAGGGACCUGCGCCAGUUCAUCGACGAGUAUGUGGAGACAGUGGACAUGCUGAAGAGUCACAUUAAAGAGGAGCUGAUGCAUGGCGAGGAGGCUGACGACGUGUACGAGUCCAUGGCCCACCUGUCCACAGACCUGCUCAUGAAAUGUUCCCUCAACCCUGGCUGUGACGAGGAGCUGUAUGAGUCCAUGGCUGCCUUUGCCCCAGCAGCCACAGAAGACCUCUAUGUUGAAAUGCUUCAGGCCAGUGCAGGUAACCCAGGCUCUAGAGAAAGCCUCUCUCGGCCCACCAAGGACUCAAUGAUCCGCAAGUUCCUAGAAGGUAACAGCAUGAAACCAGCCAGUUUGGUGAGAGAGCAGUACCAUGCCCACCGGGAGGAUAUUUAUCACACUGUGGAUGAAGAUGAGACCUUUUCUGUGGACCUGGCUAACAGGCCUCCUGUUCCCGUGCCCAGGCCAGAGGCCAGUGCUCCUGGCCUUCACCCACUGCCCGACAACAAGCCAUACAUUUCUAAAGUUUUUGCAGAAAAAAGUCAGGAGCGUCCUGGGAAUUUCUAUGUUUCUUCGGAGAACAUCAGAGAAGAGCCACCUGUGAGGCCAUGGAGGGACAGGCCCCCAUCAAGCAUCUACGACCCAUUUGCUGGGAUGAAAACACCAGGCCAGCGGCAGCUCAUCACCCUGCAGGAGCAGGUGAAGCUAGGCAUCGUCAAUGUGGAUGAGGCCGUACUGCACUUUAAAGAGUGGCAACUCAAUCAGAAGAAACGAUCUGAGUCCUUCCGCUUCCAGCAGGAAAAUCUUAAAAGACUAAGAGACAGCAUCACCCGAAGACAGAGAGAGAAGCAAAAAAUGGGAAAGCAUUCAGAUCUGGAGAUCACAGUCCCAAUCCGGCAUUCACAACACCUGCCUGGAAAAGUGGAGUUUGGAGUAUAUGAGAGCGGCCCCAGGAAGAGUGUGUUUCCCCCGAGGACGGAGCUGAGGCGUGGAGACUGGAAAACCGACAGCACAUCGAGCACAGCAAGCAGCGCGAGUAACCGAUCGAGUACACGGAGUCUCCUCAGCGUGAGCAGUGGCAUGGAGGGCGACAAUGAGGAUAAUGAAGUCCCUGAAAUUACUCGAAGUCGUAGCCCAGGUCCUACCCAAGUGGACGGAGCACCAGUUGUGACCCUUGAGAGACCCCCCAGGGUGCCUCCUCGAGCCGCUUCACAGAGGCCUCUAACCCGGGAGCCUUUCCAUCCUCCUCCACCAGUUCCCCCCAGAGGUCGCUGAUUCCCUCUCCUGAAUCAAGCCUACUACAGACUUUUAAGACUUGCGUUUUGCCGCCUGUUGCCGAAGUCUUCACAUUGACUAUUCUGCAUGACUGCGGACCUUGAGAUUCACCAUCACUGCUGAUGUUGCAGCCCCGCUGCUUUGGGUGUCCCUCAAAGACAUUAAGGAGUGGUGGAAUCUGAGACUAAGGACCUUGUUCAACAUCGCCGAGUGUAUUGGGUCACAUUCUUGGUUGCCAAAAGGAUGAAGACUCUAUCAAAAUACUUACCUCUCGUAUCCUAUAGCAGGAGCCAAACAGGGUUGACGGAAAAGUACUUAACAAGCGAGUGUCCUGCAGUAAACAUGGAUUCGUCCAUACACACCUGCUAGUUUCUAGAAGUGGUUGUAGAGUUCCCAGCAGAAGAAGUGGCCUAACUUUGAAGCAGUUCUACAUUUCUAUGUGUGUGCUGGGGCUGGUCACAUACAAAAUGCUGUCAAUGAUUUCCUCCCUUACAUGUGUCUGUGUGCGGUAUGCAUGUGUCUGUGUGCAGUAUGCAUGUGUCUGUGUGCGGUAUGCAUGUGUCUGUGUGUAUGUCUGUGGAGACUAGGGGCAAUGUCGGAAGUCUUCAGCAAUCACUUUCCAUCUCUUCACAGAGGCAGAGUCUCUUAACUGAGCCUAGAGAUUACUGAUAUAGUUAGUCCAGCUUGCUCCAGGAAUCCUCUGUCUCUGUUCUCCUGGUGCUGAAAUUACAGGCAGGUUGCUGUGCCCCCUUGACAUCUGUGUGGAUGUUGGGGUUCUGAACUCAGGUCCUCAUGCUUGAACACCAAGCACUUUAUCUACUGGCCCAUCUCCCCAGUCCCCAUCACUGCAUUUUCUGUCUCUAAGGAGCCAAUCCUCUUUUCUCUUACCCCCCGCCCCCCAAUAUAAAAGUAUAACCAUACCUGACCAUUGGCCUUCCAGAAGUGUUUACCUCUUACAUAUCACCCAGGCAGGGGACUACCCACUACUGCUUUCAGUUUGGCCAUUUAUACCUCAGUAUGUUGUCAAACUAGCCAUAUUGCCAGGAAAACACUGAAAACAGCCAGAACCAGAAGCCUGAGGUACGGGGUAGCCCACUUAUAAAUCUGUGGCCUUUAUAGUUCUGGCCAUAAAGAAAGAGAAGGACUUGAUUUUUUCCUCUCUUGAGGAGCCUGAAGUGGUGGGAGGAAAAAGCUAAACUAAGACUUACUACUGUUACUUUAUACAGUUAUCAUCAGGCCUUGUAAAUCUAUAUAGAGAACUGUAACCAUACUAUGAAUUUUGAGAUCCUGUAAUAUAAAUUUACCUUCAAAUUACAGAUCCUUAAUCUCACCUAUACAUACAGAAAAAUUAUGAGAAGUAUUUUUUUUUUUUUUUAGUUUUUUGAUACAGGGUUUCUCUGUGGCUUUGGAGCCUGUCCUGGAACUAGCUCUGUAGACCAGGCUGGUCUCAAACUCACAGAGCUCCACCUGCCUCUGCCUCCCAAGUACUGGGAUUAAAGGCGUGCGCCACCAUCACCCGGCUCAAGAAGUAUUUUUUUAAGUACAGACAAUAUGGUUGUUUCUCAUGAAAUCAUUGUCCAAUCUCACAUAGAGAUAUUAUUAUGAUUAUUAUUUAUCUGUUCCAGUGUAUUCUCAUUGGGUCACUUUCUCAUAAUUAAAGGUUCUCCUUCAACCUCAUUCCAUCCAACACUCCCUGAGUAUAACUUCGGGUGGACUCUUGAGUUGUUGUGUAUAAAACACAUCAUUGAUCAAGUCCACCCUGUGAGAAUAUUUUCACAAAGUAUCUCACAGAGAACCUGGAACAUGGUGGCCAGUCUGCAAAUGGGCCUUCAGUGGUCCCUCAACCCUCCUGUCACUUAUUUGGGAGAAAUAAGAGACUAUCACCUAAAAGAACAAAAAUGAAAACAUUGAUGUGGUUGUCCUCCUGUUGUUUAUCGCCUCCGAUUUAUUUUGAUAUAAAUUGUUUUAUCCUAAGCCACCUUUUGGAUGCCAAACUUAGGUUUGUGCAUAUAUUCUGGUGACCAGGUUUGAUAAUAACAUGGCAAGGCCAACCAAUGGCAUUAGCAUCUUGUGUACACAGCACUCUUUGUGCAAUGUUUGUAUAUAUAAUUGCGUUUUAUUCUUGCCUUAAAAUAAAUAGGAAACAAAACUGAGAGUGCUUUUUUGAGG